GGGGCCCCGGCUGGCUGGAGGUAGGAGAAAUCGUGAACCCACCUUACCUCCGUGAAAAUGGCUUUAGGCAAUCUUACGUCGAAGGCUGUGUCACUUUACGAUGAAUGGAUUAAAAAUGCGGAUCCGCGAGUUGAAGGCUACCCACUCAUGGCUUCACCUUUUCCACAGACAAUUAUUAUUGUAGCCUAUAUAUAUUUUGUCACUAAUUUGGGACCGAAGUUCAUGGAGAACAGGAAGCCUUUUGAACUGAGACAACUCAUGGUUGCCUACAACUUUGGUGUAGUGGCUCUUUCGAUUUAUCUGACAUAUGAAUUUCUCAUGUCUGGCUGGGCCACAGGCUAUUCAUUUCGUUGUGACAUCGUUGAUUACUCUUCGUCACCUAUGGCUUUAAGGAUGGUUCGAGUCUGCUGGCUGUAUUACUUCUCUAAAUUCAUCGAAUUGCUAGACACGGUCUUCUUUGUCCUGCGAAAGAAAAACGGCCAAGUUACAUUCCUGCAUGUCUUCCAUCACUCAAUCAUGCCUUGGACCUGGUGGUUUGGAGUCAAAUUUGCUCCAGGUGGCUUAGGAACAUUCCAUGGUAUGAUAAAUGCCAUUGUGCAUGUCAUUAUGUACACCUACUACGCCCUCAGUUCACUGGGACCAUCGUUUUAUAAGUACUUGUGGUGGAAAAAGCAUAUGACAUCUAUACAACUUAUCCAGUUCAUUAUGGUUACAUGCCAUAUAGGACAAAUCUACGUCAUGGGUAACUGCCCAUAUCAGUAUCCCAUCUUUAUGUUCAUCAUUGGGCUAUACGGACUGGUGUUUUUAAUCCUGUUUCUACACUUCUGGUACCAUGCCUACACUAAAGGGAAGAGACCUCCGAAGUCUAUUAAAAAUGGUAUCAACAAAAACAAAGCUGAAUGAAGCACUCUGCCACAACAAACCUGAGUUUUCCCGACUUGUACUACUUGACAAUCAAGAUGCUUAGGUGCUCAGCACCCUGUAUGUUUUGUACAUGUUUUUCCGAAAAGAAAAAGCCUUGUAUUUUUACUAUAAAUUAUUUGG